AUGGAUGUAGACAGUGACCAGGCGAACGAGGAGGGCCGCGCUAUUCUCGAACAAAAACGCGUUAAUGAAGAGUACAAGGUGUGGAAGAAGAAUAGCAUCUACCUCUACGACACAGUCAUCUCACACGCGCUUGAAUGGCCGACCCUCACCUGCCAAUGGUUCCCAGAUGUAGAACACAUCCCUGGCAAAGGCUACAGCACGCAUCGCUUACUGCUCGGCACACAUACCUCUGAUCUCGACCAGAAUUACGUCCAAAUCGCGUCUGUAAAUCUUCCCAACAUGCCAGACAAGGUCGACGUUGGCCGCUACAAUGAUGAGACUGGCGAGAGCGGCGGCUACGGUGGCCCUGGUUCGGGCGAAGCACGGAUCCAAAUCAUACAAAAGAUUGAUCACGAAGGCGAAGUCAAUAAGGCGCGGUACAUGCCUCAGAACCCCAAUAUGAUUGCUACGCUCGGCAGUCGUGGCGAUGUUUUGGUCUUUGAUCGGACCAUGCACUCCAAUACACCUACGGGUGUUUGUAACCCACAAAUCAGACUUGUGGGACAUACUGCUGAGGGUUGGGGGCUCAGCUGGUCUCCGCUGCGUCAGGGAUUGCUAUUGACGGCCGCUGAAGAUGUGCGUCUAUGGGACAUCAAUGCUGUGGAAUCCGCCAACGGAGCACGGCUAGAUCAAUCAAUUGUCUUUCAAUCACACACCUCGGGCGUCAACGAUGUCCAAUGGCAUCCUCUGCAGCCCACCUGGUUCGGCAGUGUUUCUGAUGAUACAUGUCUCAAUAUCCAUGAUACACGCUCAGACGACCGCAACAAGCCUACCCAUACAACGCGCGCACACGAUGCACCCGUCAAUUGUCUCGCCUUCAAUCCCAUCAACCAGUAUGUCGUUGCAACAGGCUCCUCAGACUCGACGCUUGCUCUUUGGGAUCUGCGACAUCUCAAAACAAGGAUCCAUACACUAGAAGGCCAUACAGGUGACGUGCAGAGCAUCAACUGGCAUCCAAAAGAAGAGACAAUCUUAGCGUCAGCGGCAACAGACAGACGUCUACUCCUCUGGGAUCUUAGCAAGAUUGGGGAGGAACAAACAGAAGAUGACAAGGAAGAUGGGCCUCCAGAGCUAUUCUUCUUGCAUGGCGGCCAUACGGACUUGAUUCAUGACUUUUCCUGGAACUUGCACCAGCCGUGGACAUUGGCGAGUGCAGCACAAGACAAUAUCGUACAGAUCUUCCAGCCAGCACACAACAUCAUUGGCGAAGAACCGUCAGCGGAUGAAGCAGAGCUAGAGUAG